AAUUCUGAAACAAUUUCUGUAAAAUGUAGUACCUUUAAUUUUUAUAGGUCAGCUUAUGUGAUGCAGCAACAAGAAGAACUUGCUUCUAAGAAAUAUGAUCUAUCAAAAUGGAAAUACUCUGAUCUUCGUGAUGCUAUCAAUACUUCCUGUGACUUAGAACUACUGGAAGCUUGCAGAGAGGAGUUUCAUAGACGACUCAAAGUUUAUCACUCAUGGAAAGUAAAAAAUAUGCAGAAAGCUGGUGCCAGUCAGAGUCGUGCUCCAGAUUCUGUUAUGCAGGCAGCUAAAAAUAUGCCACCUAUGCCACCUAAACGCAAAUCAUCUCUUAGUGGUAAUCCAGUGGAUAGGUAUUUUCGUAUUCCGUUUGUGAGGCCAAAUUCUGCUCAAAAGGGUUGGUGGUAUGCACAUUUUAAAGGUCAGUGGAUUGCUAGGCAAAUGGAACUUCAUCCUGAUAAACCACCUAUUCAGCUUGUUGCAGGUAAAGAUGAUAUGCAGAUGUGUGAGUUAAGUCUAGAUGAAACAGGUCUUGCUCAGAAAAGAGGAGCUGAAAUUCUUGAAGAAGAAUUUAAUACAGUUUGGCAGAAACAUGGUGGUACUCCUUUUGUGCAUAAUUAGCAUUUAAAGGAAAAUGGUGUGCACAGAAUAAUAAAGUGUAAUAGAUUUAGAUGGCAUAAAAAUUUUAAAACUCUUAAAAUGCUGAAAAUAGGCAUUUCAAAAUUUGGUGUUUUUUACUUCUUAUUCAAUAAAUUAGGUACAUUUAUGUGAAAGCUGGUUUGACAAGUUUUUUUAUCUUUAUUGGUAAUCAUCAGAAUACUAGUAUAAAUUAAUUUACAAUCUAUAAAGAUUAAUUUUUAAUUUUUAUUAAGGUCUAGGCUUGCUUGUUUUAACAGAUCUGAAGGUGGUGAAAACAACUGCAAUUACAGACUUAACUGGAGUUUAAAUAAAAAUUUUGUCCUUUUAACAUUAAUUUUAUUUAUAAAUCUGAUUUUUGUUAUUAGAUAUAACACUUAUUUGAAUAUUAAUGAUUUAUAAAAGAUUAAAGUAAAAAAAAAAUGAAUUUCAAUGCAUUUUAAGGCAUCAGGUACCAGUUCUCAUUCAUCAGAAGUUAUAAAAUGAGCCUUUUUAAUUGAAAAAAAUUGCUGAAUAAAAGCUGGACUAUAAUUUUAAUAAUGUUUGUUGUCUUGAAAAUGUUGCAUCUAGAUGAUAUUGCCAUACAGGAGUCUCCCUGAGAUUAGUAAACCUGAAUUAAAGUUUAGUGAGUUUCAGUGGUCCUUCUGUGUUCCUUUUAAUCAAAUGUUUAAUUUAUUUCUGUUACCUAAUGCAGCUAUUUCCCAUUUUUUGAUGGCAUGGCUUUCAGCCCUUUUGAACAUUGUCUGCAAACUUGUUAUCUCAUUCAUCAAAAUUCUGUGAUAUUAUAAAUUUAGCAUUUUGCAUACAUUUGUGCCUUAAGAAUCCAUUUGGAGAAAUACUGUAAGAAAAUGAAUAAUCUAUAGUAUAGGCACAUUUUUGUAAGGAUGUAUUGUUUUGAAUACCAAUUAUUUUGUAGUUUUUGUUAUUUUGCAUGUUUUAAUGUUUUUGUAUGUAUUCUGUAUUUUGAAUUUUAAUAGAAAAAUAUAUUUAAUUCUUAGCUAUUUAAUAUACAGUGAUAAUUUUAGCUAGUCUUCAUUUAUUCAUACACUGUAUACUGAUUGGUUUCUGAAGAUUUUCUUUAAUUAAUUUUGGUAUGGGUAAUAAAUAUAUAUGCAUUAAGCAAAAUAAAUUUUUUCCAAAGCAA